GAGUUUCACCAGCCGUCUUGGCACCAGCAGUACCGCCGAUUCCUACCGCCAUUAUCUUGAACCCGAAUGGGCUGACGCCGCAGGCCAUCUCAACCAUCAACCAGGCAAUUUCCAAUGGACUUGCCCGCGACACACCGGCUGAAAUCUCAAGCGCUGCUCCUGCAUCUAUAUCCAUUGUAGCUGCUACCAUUGCUUCCAACGCCGAUGCCCUUGCGACCACAGCAGCGGUGGAUGCUGAUGCUGAUGCUGCUGCCUGCUGCCGCCAACACAGACAUUCCCAGCCCAGUCGCUGAUGGCACUGUAUCUGACGAUGCAGCUGUUGCUGUUGCCGCUGCCGCCGUCUCCAAUGAUUCGCAGCUUUCAGCAGACCAGGCUGCCACCCCUGCAGUUGCUGUGCCAGCCGCGAAACAGACAGCAAAGGCGAGCAAGGUGGUCCAAGACAAGUAAGGGCACUGGGUUGAAGCGCCCUGUCUCCACUCGUGUGACUGGUGCUGGGACGUGCACAUCUGUAGUUGGUAGUGAGCCUGCUGCUGCUGUGGCGGCUGACGCUGCUGCUAUGCCUGAUGCGGAUGCCGACGCUACUGUUCUAUCUGCAGUGGUAGCUACCUCAGAGGCUUCGGACAGCGAUGCUGCCGCUGCUGAUUCCGCUGCUGAUGCCGAUGCUGUUGCUGCCGCCCCUGAUGCUGCUGCUGUUGCUGCUGCCCUGAUGCUGCUGCUGUUGCUGCCGAUCCUGCUGAUUCUGCUGGCAGUAGGGGCACCUGUGGAGUUAGUGCCGGAAAGAGGCCAGCUAGUGCGGCUGGUGAAUCUGCAGAUGCUGAUGACAUUCCCACUGUCCCAGUCGUCAACGGUAAGAGUAUUGCUGCUGCUGGUGUGGUUGCCGUGGAGCCUGCCGCCAAUGGAGUUCUUGGCUCUCGCCCCCGCGUCAACUACAACGAGGACAUCAGGGAUGAGGCCGAUCGUGUACGCGUAUUGAGGCAUCAGCUGAGGCUCGUGAGGCUGUGAUUCAAGAAAUCCGUGCCCAAGCGUCGGUGGAGGCGGCUGCGCAAGUGUCUUCGGAGCUGAGCAUUUCAGAUUACCCCCGGGUCCAGGACACACUUAUCAGCCCCAAGAGAUAUG